AUAAAUCUCCUCCAAUGUACUGCCCAGUCGAUGUUUUCAUCGUUUUAGACACCUCUGAAAGUGUUGCUCUUGGGACUCCACCAUAUGGGUCACUAGUUGAAGAUGUUAAGACAUUUGCAACAGAUCUUGUGAGUCAACUGAACAGCAGCUAUCAAAGAUGUGACAGGUAUCUGACAUGGAACUCUGGAGCUCUCCACUAUAGUGAUGAAGUGAAGUUGAUCAGUGAGAUGGUCAGUAUGAAAUCUGGCAUGAUGGAUCUGAAAAAAGCUAUUGAAGAUAUAACAUACCUUGGAAAGGGCACACACACUGACUGUGCUAUUGCUGCAGCUACAAGUCACCUUCUUACUGGUGGAAGUUACAACAAAGGAAACAAGUAUAUGAUUGUGGUCACAGAUGGAUACCUCAAUGAUGGGUACAAGGAAAAGUGUGGUGGACUGCACUAUGUACUGAAUGAAGCAAAAUCUGCGCACAUAAAGAUAUUUAAUGUGAUGGUGGAGUCUGAUCACAAGGGUGAUCGCUUGGUUGAGAUUGCCUCAGACCCCAGAUACAGUCACUAUCUAAAACCUAAUAGUCAAAGCCCUGAAGGACAUCAAGCUACAGUAAAACACAUUUUAACUAAGAUGAUCGAAGAUACACAGACCACGUGCUGUGCCUUUGAAUGUCAGGCACUUAGAGGAUCACCUGGGCCACCUGGAAUUCCUGGAGAUCCAGGCAGUGAAGGAAGAAUGGGGCCCUCUGGCAAACCAGGGACUGUUGGAACCAAGGGAUCCUCUGGUGACCCUGGACCACCUGGACAAGCAGGAGUAAAGGGUGCCCAAGGCCUCUCAGGUGCCAAGGGCUCAAAAGGACAAAAGGGACCAAAGGGUGUCAAAGGCAGAAAUGGUGUUGAUGGAAAAGACGGUGCAAAGGGUGAACCUGGACUGACUGGGUUACCGGGAUGCAAAGGUGAAGCUGGACCUGAAGGAAUGCCAGGAUCUGUAGGCCAGAAAGGAGAUCCAGGUCCCUAUGGAGCAACGGGCAAGAAGGGUGAUCAAGGCGUUGUUGGAACCGAAGGGUUACCUGGAGUCACAGGAGUCACAGGAUCUAAAGGAACACAAGGACCUAUGGGUCUGAAAGGAAACAAGGGAGAAAGAGGGGAAGAGGGUGACCUCGGAAAGCGUGGCUUUAAUGGAAAAAAGGGUGAAAAAGGAGAGCAAGGUAUAAGAGGUCCACCUGGAAAUAGAGGAGCACGAGGUGAGAAGGGUAAAGAAGGACCUCUUGGCCCACCAGGACAUGAAGGCAUAACUGGAGAAAACGGAUGCACUGGAGAUGCUGGAGAGAUUGGCAUCAAUGGUUUUAAGGGCGAGCAAGGUCUCACUGGAACUGAGGGAGAAAAGGGGUCCAAUGGGUUUCCAGGAUCACCAGGAGAACCAGGAGCACCUGGUAAUAGGGGUGAAGAAGGGGAACCUGGUCAAGGAAUUCUUGGAUCACCAGGAUUUCAGGGUUUUCCAGGACUAAGGGGUAAAGAUGGUCCAAAGGGAAUAAAAGGUUAUCCUGGAAUGAAAGGAGAACAAGGUUUAGUUGGAGAUGAUGGAGAAGAUAACACCCAAUCUGGAAAAGAAGGGGAAAGAGGGCCUAAGGGCUAUGCAGGGCCACCAGGAGAACAGGGUCUCCCAGGAAUGCCAGGACUCCCAGGACCAAAUGAGUGUGAAAUACUUGACAUCAUCCAAAGAAUGAGCUCUUGCUGCGAAUGUCCAUGUGGACCAGUCAUGCUGCUGUUUAUUCUGGACAGUUCUGAAAGUGUGGGACUCAAUAACUUCACUCUGCAGAAGGAAUUUAUCCUACGUGUGAUCACCAAAAUCACCAGGCAAACCACAAAGAUGAAUAAAGAAGUUGGUGCUAAUCGUUUUGGGAUCAUUCAGUACAGUCAUGAAGGGAAACAAGAGCUUCUUUCUACAGACAAUCCCAACAUUAAAACACUUGCCCAGUUUAAAAGUGCUGUAAAGAACAUGCAGUGGAUGGCGGGGGGCACAUUCACAGGAGAAGCAUUAGAUUUUGCCAAGCAAACAGUGAAGGACUCCAUACUCACCCACAAAGUGGCAAUAGUGAUGACAGAUGGUAGAUUUGACACCCGAGAUCGUAAAUCCUUGGCCUCGCUUUGUACAGUGCCAAACAUGAAUGUGGUGGGCAUUGGUGUCGGAGAUUUAUUUAAGCGAACCCCACAUAUGAAGGCUUUACAGGAAAUCACAUGCCAGGGGACCAAAGCUCAGGGAAUGCAGUUGUUCAUAACAGAGUAUGAAGAUCUGCUGGAUGAGAACACCCUGCAUAAUAUUACUAAGUACACUUGUAAAAAUUCUGUGUGUCCGGACUUCACUUGUCAAGUUGAGUUUGAUGAACCCACUGACAUUGUGUUCCUGAUGGAUGGCUCCAGCAGUGUUGGCUAUGGCAACUUUGAAAAAGUAAAGGAAUUUGUAAAGAUCACAACAUCUAAGAUCCUGUCUGAAGAUAUGAACCUAAACCAAAUGCUAAAACUAGCUGUGAUUCAGUACAGCAAUGCGGGGACACAGAGACUUGAAGUACCUUUCACUGACAACAUUGAGGAUGCAGUGUCCUAUUUGUCAAAAGUUACGUAUAUAGAUGAAUCCACAGACGUACCCUAUGCUUUAAAGUACCUUCAGAAUUAUUUGAGUGGCAGUGGGAGACCCAAUGUAAAGAAUAAAGUCAUAAUAUUCUCUGAUGGCAGAUCUUCAGGGAUUUCUCAAAACCAGAUUGCGGCACAGGCAGCAGCAACCAUAAAUCCCAGGACUGAACUGUUUGCAGUAACUGUCGGCACCUUCCAUGAACUUGGCAUUUGUCAGUUAGUGAGUGGAAAGGAAAAUAACUUUAAUUUCAACAAUAUUGAGGAUAGAGUUUUCCGUGUCUCAGAAUAUAGUGACCUACCAAGAAGAGGUUUUCUGCAUAACAACCAUUGCUUGUCCUUUACUGGUUUUAUGACAAGAUCUUUUGAUUCCUUUGGAGACAAUAAGCCAAAUUCUCUUCCUUCUUGACAUCGGAACAGUAUUUAAACUUGUCCCUUGAAACCUGACCAACAGCCCAAGAUUUCACACUCAAUGAGAGAACGUAAAUUUGUCUCUUUUGCCAUAAACUGAAAUGAGAAAUGGAGAACAUAUGAACUAGAGCCAUCAUUGUACCUUGACGGGCAUUGGCAAGAUUGCUGAUGGACCUGUGGCUGGGUUUAUGCUUGCCUAGUUACCGACAUCUAUUCGGUCAUCAGAAGGUGGUGGAUGACCUCUCGUUAAAGAAAAUAAAUAAAUAGCUCAAACAAGCA